AAAAAAAAAAAAAACAUGCGGUACGAGCCCAAUCUCGGCCGUGUCUUCGCCUCAUCGAAAUCUAUCGUUCUUUGGUGCUCUUUUAUUUUGUUGGUCGACCGCGUAUCGGGCCAAAUCGAAGGUCAAACGUUCGAAAAUGCCUACGGACUGGAGGAUAAGGAGAAUAAAGAAUUGGACUCUACACAAAGUGCCGAAAAUGAUAAAGAAACAUCAUUGGAAGAAUACAAAGAGUUCCAACCUAGGUCUGAAAUAGCGGAUUUGAUGAAGGAUGGAAUUAAAAACGAUGAUAAGCAAGGGGCCGAAGAAACUAAAGAGGACGAAGUUCCACUCAUUGCCGAUGAUGUUCCCGAAGAGAAAGAUGAAGUCACCAAAGAAGUCGAUGAAAAUAUUGCAGGUAAAAUGGAUAAGGAGAAAACUGGAAAGUAUCUAUUGUACGAUUCUGAUUCACCGGAAGCAUACAGAUAUGCGCCUCGUUCGGAUGAUUCACAGUCGAACUAUGUCAUAACAGAGGCUAAACUAAGACAAAUUCGAUCGGAGUUCAUGUAUUGGUACUUCGAUAAAGGCGGCGAUAACGAUGAAGGCGACUAUCAAAAAGAUAUCCAAGCCUCGACACCUCAAAUACAUAAAAAUUUCAAUUUUCAGCUUCCCUUCUUUGGCUUCCGAUUCAAUUAUACCAGAGUGUCUAUGAACGGUUUCUUAGAAUUUAGCGAUCCACCGGUACACUAUACGUAUCCGCUCGUAUUUCCGGUUAAGGAUUGGCCGAAGAAAAACGAUCCCAGUUUCAUAGGUAUAUUUUUCAGCAAAUGUCGCAUAGGAAUGAUAAGGCCGACGGAUAGUGAUAAAAGAAAACCGGGCGUAUACUUUAGGAUGGAAAGAGAUUUACAAGGGAGGAAGGACAAGUUUGGUGUUGAAAUGCGGGAGCGUAUUAAAUGGGAUGUUCGCGAAGGUAUUAUUGGUACCGAGGCCUUUGAUCCCAAACAUGCAGUUAUAGUGACGUGGAAAAACAUGUCUUUCACCGGCGGUAUCGAUAAUUCGCUUUACAAGACGAACACCUUUCAAAUGGUUCUGGUCACUGACGAAGUGAAUACGUAUGUAAUGUUCAAUUAUCUGAAUAUGCAGUGGACAAGUCAUACGGAAGCCGGCGGUGAUACUACGAAUGGAGAAGGUGGAGUUCCAGCAUAUGUCGGUUUCAACGCCGGAAACGGUACGCGAAAUUACGAAUACAAGCCAUUCUCUCAGAGGUCAACGAUUCGCGAUUUAACGCAUAGAGGGUGGGUAAAUGGUUUUCCAGGACGUCAUAUAUUUAGAAUAGACGAAAAUAUAUUGCCUGGAGCUUGUAACAAGGAUAUCGCUGGAAGAAACUUGGAUCUCAUGUUUGCACCGGAGAGCGGAAACAUGUUAGGUGGUACCAUAGUUAAUAUUACCGGUCCGUGUUUCAAUGAAACUCAGAAGAUUCGUUGUAUGUUCGAAUCCGUGUGGGUGAUGGGUACCGUGAUUGAUAAAAACCGCGCGAUUUGCGUUCAACCGUUCGUAAAGGCCCAAGGAUACAUUCGAUUUGCAAUUAGUGUUGGCGACAAUAAGAAUUACGAUUGGAAAGGAAAAUACUUCAUUGAGACCCCAGCCACAGCGGCCGAGAGGAUUUUCGUAACGAAUUCUGUUCACGAGGCAAAUCCAAAAGAAAUAAAAAUUACCUGGGACCGGUAUAACUUGACCAGCAAUUUAAAUGCGGGAGUGCAAAUAUCAUUGUGGGGAUACCGUGAAACGAAAACUACACCCGAAUUUGAAUACAUCACUACUCUGGAGAGAUCGUAUACGAAUUUGGGCUACUACGUAGUUACACCGGCUAAAUAUCGCGACGAGAACAAUGUAUUUCAGCAAGAUUUAACUUUCGGAUUUAUUCAGCUUAAUCUGACGGAACCGUACCAACAAACUGGUCUUAAUAUCACACCAGUCCUAUGGAGUAGGCCAAUUCCAUUAGCUUGGUACUUCAACCCUCAAUGGGAAAGAAUGUACGGAGCAAAGUGGCCUCAACGACUUUGUGACAGGUGGAUCAUGAAUGACAGAUACCUAAAGAAUUUUGCGGCAGAGAUAUCCCUGUGUCCGUGCACUUUGAAACACGCGUUAAACGAUAAAGGUCGUUUCCUUCCGGAUUAUGAUUGUGACAAGGAUGGAAAUCUGGAUUGUAUGUAUAACUUGCACGCGCAUCAUUGUGUUAGAACUGGAGCACCCAAUAUGGAUGGUUCUGAACAACAAUGUUGUUACGAUAAGAACGGUUACUUGAUGUUGACGUACGAUCAGCAAUGGGGUUCUAGACCUCAUAGAUCGCAUAAUUUGGGCUACUAUCCGUGGGAUGAAGCGAACAAGGUUCCAACCCUGUCUCAUUGGUAUCACGAUGUAACACCGUUUUACAUGUGCUGCCUGUGGCAAGAAGAGCACGCAGUGGGUUGUGAGACCUUUAGAUUUGAAAGGCGACCGACUCAAGAUUGCAUCGCUUAUCAGUCACCAGGCGUGGCGACUGCGUUCGGUGAUCCUCAUAUCGUUACAUUCGACGGUUUGUCGUACACAUUUAACGGUAAAGGAGAAUUUGUUCUGGUGCGCGUGAAUGAUUUAAAAGAUAAACUGGACGUGCAAGGCAGAUUUGAACAGUUACCCAAUAAUAUAUAUGGUGAAGUUAGAGCAACACAACUGACGUCUGUAGCAGCAAGAGGAAACAAUUCCGAGACAAUAGAAGUUCGGAUAAGACCGAAACAUUCUCAAUGGAGAUAUCGUCUGGAUGUUUUUGCAAAUAGUCGUCGUGUCUACUUCGACAGGCCAGCUCUUAAAGUUCAACAUUUCACCGGAGUAGUCGUUUAUACACCCACCAGUAUCUUAAAUCAAAGCGAAGUAAUCAUCAUGUUCGACACAGGUGCUGGUAUUGAAGUGGUUGAAAAUGAAGGGUAUAUGUCGGUCAGAGCCUUUUUACCAUGGUCUUAUUUAAAUAAGACAAAAGGGUUGUUUGGUAAAUGGAACUUCGACGUAGCCGAUGACUUGAUAAGUCCGGAUGGCCAACAAGUGUCCGUAACCAAUUUAAACCAUUUCGAGGCAGUUCAUAAGGACUUUGCCAUUCAUUGGAUGUUGGAGGACAAAGUAGACAACUUGAAGGGAGGUGCACUGUUUACUAGAGAGUUUGGUCGAACAGCUAGCUAUUAUUCGAAUAAAACAUUCGAACCCGAAUGGCGAAAAGACCCUGAGGAGAUAUUGAACCCUACUAAUAGGUCAACUGACAUACAACGAGCUUACGAUCUUUGUGGAGAGAAUUAUCAAUGCAGAUAUGACUACGCAAUGUCGCUCAAUCGUGAUUUGGCACAUUUUACAAAAAAUUAUUACGAUACGUACACGAAAAUAGUCGAAGCGAAUAUGAAAGAACAAAUUGUGUCGUGCGGCGUACUGGAAACACCACGUUUCGGACGAAAGAGUAAUUUCUUUUUCGUACCGGGUACGAAAGUAACUUUCGAAUGUAAUCAGGACUUCAUAUUGAUUGGUGAUCAACGACGUGUCUGCACACCGGAAGGUCGUUGGAAUGUACCAGAAUACGGAUAUACGGAAUGUUUGCGUCAGGUCGAGUAUGCCCAGCGUACAGCAUGGACGACAAUGGGUAUUAUUUGUGCUGUUUUAAUCCCCGUAACGGCAUGUGUCGCUGGCGCCUUCCUUUAUAUACGAAAGAAUCAAAGGCAAGAAAGUUCGGUGAAAUCGUGGCGUUAUUCCGAGCGCGGUUCCGGCAUUGACAAUGAUUCCACGUUGACCACACCGUUGAAAACCUACGAUAGAGCUGUAUCACCUGCUAGCGAUACCAGCACUGCCCCUAGUUCGAUAAAAAAACCCCAUUCCUAUGACAAAGUUUAUCGUACUCACGAGCCCCUACCGAACAGACCAGAUGUCGAUUUCGAAGACAAAGACUUUGACUUGAAAGAGCCUCAAUCGCCAAGAGAUUCAGAAAAAAGUACAACGAACUCUAUUCAGAAAACCGGAAGUCCUAACAAAGAGAGCGAUGUGUAGUGAUAAUCCGAAAUACGUCAUUAACUGUCCUGUUAGCAAAAUCAUCUGACUGACAGGAGAUGCUGAUACAGAUCCGUAGCUAUCUGCAUCCGCGUUUAGCUUCCAUUUUGGAAGUAGAGCCUGCGUUGUCAGAAUUUUGAUAUAUAUAGAUCAUCAUUGAAUGGAAACAGAUCUGCAUUGGCACCUUCUGCCAAUCUGAUGCUGACCUAAGUACAUAUUCUUUAUAGAGUAGUAGAUACUGCUUCAAUUCUGUAUCCAUCCUGGUUAAAGGAUCUGAUAAACAUGGAUAAUGGACAAAAUCUGACACUGUAGGCUUGGCUAACAUGGUUCUUGUGGGAUAUCUAAAACUCGAUGUAACUUUCACACGAUAUACGCGCGUACUUGACAUUCCAAAAGUUCAUUCGAUCCAUCUCUAAAAUCGCUUCGAACAAUCCAUUUCAUGACUGACCUUUAUCUGGAUCUUUAUCUUUUCGAUCACAAUUAGUCAUAUUCAUAAUUUGAGAAUGCAUUCACUUGCGAUAGACACCGUGCCGAAAAUGAAAUUCGCCCUUUGGGAAACGGAUAAAAAUUUCACACUGUACGUUAAUGUGGGAAUUCAAUUAUGUACAUAAUAUGUGUAUUUUUGCUGUGGAAUAGAAAUGUUCUCGAUUUACAAUACGGAAUUAUAUAUAUGUAUAUAAUUGUAUAAUUGAAAUGCAAAUAAUUAAGUUUCAUAUAUUUUGAUAAAGUGUAACUCAUAUCAUAAAAUGUUUACGCGCAUUAAAAUGCAGUGUCAAUUUUAAUAAUUGAAAAAGAGGAAGUUUGUUAUAAAGCAGUUAUUAAUGUAAUUAUACAAGUUUAAUAAAUUUUUCUACACCUUUAAAUAUAUUAAGGAAAUUUCUAUUCCACAUGCAUUCACUCUUCAUGGUUAAUAGAAAUAUUUGAACUAUUAAAUAGCCUUCAAUUUUUCAGUGGAAUGGAAAUUUCCACCUAAAAAUGUUAGUUUCGUUUAUUAUUUGCC